AUGGGUAGUGAAGCUGAAGUCGAUUCGUGGUCACUACGAGAGGAAGCCGUUGCUGGAGUGGAGGGAGUCGUCGAUCUGCUCGAGGAUCAUUUCGGUUUCCCUGUCGCUCGUUCACCGCAAUCCGGCGGUGGAAUGGAGAGCAAGAAACACUCGACGGUUGGCCUUCCCGCGCCCGCUUUAUUCACUUUUGAUACAAAGGGUGAUGAACCAGAUAAAUGGCGAUAUGUGAUCAACUCGAUGAGGCAAACAUUGGCCAGAGAGGAGGCUGUGAUUAAGGAAGAGCGUCGAAAAUCUUUGGAAGGAGAAGCAAGAAAAAGAAGUCGAUGGACGUCGUGGUUGAGUAAUAAAUGGAGAAGAAGGAAGAGGCCGAAAAGUCCCGUCUCAACAUGGACUGUUGAUGGUGUUCUCAAUUGGUUGUCAUCACUCGGUUUAUCCCAAUACACAGAACAAUUUCGUGCCAAUGAUAUCACCGGUCAAGAGCUAAUCCAUUUGGAAAGAUCCGAUUUCAAAGAUCUUGGUGUCAUCAAGAUUGGUCACAUCAAACGGUUACAGUCAGCUAUCGGCGAUUUGGUUGAAAAGGAGAACGAGGCGAGAACGAGAGCUGGUAGUCGAAAAGGAGCGAGCUUAUCCGUCGAGCGACGAGGUAUGGCU